UGGAUUUGCUAAGCUUGGUUUGGUCCUGUAAACAACGACCAUACACACAUUUCUACCAAAGUGAAGGGAACAGUCGGCUAUUUGGACCCUCCUGAGUAUAUGAAAACAUACCAUCUCACUCCAAAAAGUGAUGUUUACUCAUUUGGAAUUUUGCUUUUAGAAAUUCUGACGGUGGAGCUGAAAAAAAGUGCUGAAGAGCGAGUUACAUUAAGAUGGGUCUUCAGGAAAUAUAAUGAAGGAAGUGUGGUGGCACUGCUUGAUCCUUUAAUGCAAGAAGCUGUAAAAACUGAUGUUGCUGUGAAGAUGUUUGAUUUGGCAUUUAAUUGUGCAGCACCAGUAAGAUCAGAUAGACCUGACAUGAAAACAGUGGGUGAGCAAUUAUGGGCAAUAAGGCAGAUUACCUCAAGAGUAUUAGUAGCACAACUUCAAGGAGAGAAUGAUUGGUGAAUUUGACCAUUAUAAUGAUAUUCUCAAGUUGGUUCUUUUUUAAUUUUGCUUUUGAAAAAACAAAAAAAAAAAGAAGAUAUUUUCAGGCAUUUUGACAUGUUAAUUUUCAUUUGGGGUUUUAAUCUAGAUGGAUUUCUUAAGUUAAUUCAACCAUAAACUGCAAAAGUCAUUUUGAAGUUUAGAUUGUGGGAGAUUUUUUACUUAGAAAAUAGCAACAUGUUGACUCUGUUCCA